AUGGACAGCAUCAACGCAGCUGCUGACCGGUCGGCUGCAGCUGCUGAGCUCGGCAAUGCUCGAGCGGACCACAAGCAUGCAGACACUAGCGAGCGACCGACUUCACGUCAGCCACGCAAGGCCAGCAAGCAGAUUGACGGCACAACGGCUGCCCCGAGUGGCUCUGCAGCUCUCGAGAAUUUGACGGCAGAGGAUGCCAUGCGGAUCGUCUUGCCCGCUCGUAUGACACAGUUUGAGCCCUUUGGCAAAGCCCGCAAUGGCAGCCCUAUACCAGAUCCAGACGGACUCGGAUGGCCAGGGAAGGGCACGCUCGAGCGGCUACAUGAUUCAAAGCAAGAGGCGGGGGAGAGGCAGACGAGGCUAGCGGGCGCAAUAAGGACGGUACUAGAAUGUAUCGGUGAAGAUCCAGACCGGGAGGGAUUGCUCAAGACGCCGGAACGGUACGCCAAGGCGCUACUGUGGCUCACGAGAGGCUACGAAGAACGCUUGUCCGAUGUCAUCGGAGGCGCCAUAUUCGCAGAGGAUCACGACGAGAUGGUCAUCGUGCGCGACAUUGACAUCUUCAGCUUGUGCGAGCAUCAUAUGGUCCCCUUUGUCGGCAAAGUCUCGAUUGGAUAUAUACCCUCACGCGGCGGUCACGUUCUGGGGAUCUCGAAGCUGGCCAGGAUAGCAGAGACGUUCUCCCGGCGUCUGCAAGUCCAGGAACGUCUGACGAAGCAAAUCGCAAUGGCGAUAGACGAAGCCAUCAAGCCGCGCGGCGUCGCAGUUGUCAUGGAAGCUACCCACAUGUGUAUGACAAUGAGAGGCGUGCAGAAGCCAGGAGCAACAACGGUGACAUCUGCCAUGCUGGGCGCAUUCAGAGACAAGGACAAGACGCGAUCAGAAUUCCUGACACUCAUUCGAUCUCCUCGGUGA